AUAACUAUAUAUAAUUUGUUUAUUUUCAAAUUAAAAAAUUAAAAUUUUGUUCUUAUAAUUAUGAUUGUUGCUUUUAGAUCACAAUCUCAUGAUCAAAAAAAGAAGAAAAAGAAAAGAAGAAAAACAGGAAAAGAAAAACAUAAACAUAGAAGAAGUUUAUCAUCUGAAGGAUUAGUACGGAGGAAACGUAAAGACCAUUCACCUUCUACUGAUUCUAAUUCCAAUGGUUCAUCUGCUAGUGAAAGUGAUACUGCUUCUAAUGAUGAGAACAGUAACCAAAGUUCAAAUGAUUCUUUUUCUGGAAACAAAAGGUAUGAUAAGACUGCAAAAAAGAAGAGCCAUUUAAGAAAAUCUUUAAAAUCAAGUAAAAAAUCACAACAAAGAGAUUCUAGUGCAGAUUCACAUAUAAGAAGAUCAAGAAGAGAUCAAUGUGAAUCUUUAAAGUCUGGGUGAACAGAUAUAUCAAAAGCAGGUGAGGUUUUCUUGUGUUUGUUUUUUUCCAAAAAAUUAUAAAUUAUCAGAUACUGUUAUAUAAGAAUAGUUAUAAUUAAAUUUUAAUGUUGGAUAAAUUAAUAAA